GUCAGCGGUCCAGCAGAGCUUCCCCUCAUCAUGACUGUGACGGUGUCAGCUGGGCUCCUGAUCAGACUCAGGUUCCAUAUAUGGACUCAACAGGCUGCGGAGUGAACGGCAUGUUUUGAAACCUCAGCAGCGAACUCUUCAGAAAGACAUCCCGAGUCCUGAGUGAUGGAGUCGAUCCUGCGGGGGGAGCUGGGCCUCAGGGCAGCUUUCAGAGAGGAGCUGAGGGAGGACGGCUGUGGGAACGGAUGGCCCUCCUGCCCUCUUUCUGCAGACAUGCAUCCGGCGUCGCACUUCGCUCUGGCCGCUGCGUACCACGACAUCAAACUGCGGCUGGCCAGUCUGGAGCGAGAGAACAGCAGCAUCAAGAGGAAGCUGAAGAACUACGAGAUUAAAUUCCCUGUGAUCAGUGAGUUUGCGGAGGAGCGGAGCGGGUGCUGCUCAUGUGAACCCAAAGAGACCAAACCGAUCCAGACAGAAAGCAGCAGCAGCCUGCAGCAGACAAUCAGCUCACUCACACAGGAGCUGCAGAAGAGCAAAGCUCAUGAGGAGCGUCUGGAGGAGGUGAUCAAAGCAUACGAGAAGAUCCAUUUGGAGAAAAGUAACGUGCAGAAGGAGCUGGACAACAUGACCACUCUGGCGGAGCAGCAUGUGGAGAGGAUCCGUGAGUUGGAGUCGGCUCUGAGACAGAGAGAAACGCUGCAGCAGAAGAAAAGCUCCAGACUGAGCAGCGGGAGAGAAACUACACGCCCACACCCACAUCCUCACCCGCACCUGCGCAGCAAAGACCCGCACCUCCUCCACCUGCACAACAGCCUGGAUGUUCCCGGCGCAUUGGACUGUCCCGGUCCAACCCUGUAUAGUUCCCGUAGUCUGGAUGCUCUCACUGACCUGAAGGUGCAGCGUCUGGAGGCGGAGCUAGAGGGGGCAUGGCAGGAGGCACAGGGGGCGUGGCAGAGGGAGGUGGAGCUAAGGGCGAAGCUUCAGCAUUUACAGGACGAGAUCAGACACUUACAGGAGAAACAAAGAGAGGAGCUGGACACUCCCUGUGACCGCUGCAAUGUGGAGUGGAUCAAGAAAGCAGGAGAUGAACAGGUGAAUCUGGCUCUGGCCUACACGGAGCUGACAGAGGAACUGGGCCGAAUCCGCAGCCUGACCUCAGAACAGAGCGGGAUACUGAGACAGAAAAGAAACCCACCAGAGCAGAAAAGCCCCGUACUGAGGCACUCUCCAGCCCCUCAACGCCGCUGUCCAUCCUCGCCCCUUUCCCCUCCUUCUGGUCCGGCCUCAUUCUCCCCCCGCCUGUCCACCCACCGUCUCCGGGCAUGUUUCCAGGGCCGUCGGAGCUUCUCUGAAAUCACUGACCCUUCCUCGGCCCACCAGGGCUGUCCUCGCACCCUCCACAACCCAGCGUCCACUCUCCCCAAACACCGCCCGGCGGGCGACGGCUACCUGAGGCAGCAGGGGUUGCUGUCCAUGGGGCCCCGCCCAGCCUCCGCCCACAGUGCGACACGGAGCAUCACCUGUGCCUCACCUGUGCGAGAUGUGCGUCACCUGCACGCUCAGGAGCAGCUGCCUGACCCCGCCCCACUUGUCACACCGCCGCAGUCUUCAGACGACGAGGAAGAGGAGUGGCCGAGUACAAGCUCCGCCCAUAGCCCCAUCCACAGCCCCGCCCACAGUCCACCUAGGACACUGGGGGUGGUGCCCACACCCCCCCCGUUUCCUGCCCCCGACGGUCCAAGCACACUGGCCUGCCCCCUGCUGAGCACAGAGCAUGCUCAGUCCUGGCCGUCAAUCAAAUUGUGGAUGGAGUCUGAGGAGAAUGAUUCCCGAAGCUGCCCGCUCUGCCAGCUGACAUUUCCCACUGGAUACCCUGACGAUGCUCUAAUCAAACACAUUGAUACACAUCUGGAAAACAGCAAAAUCUGACCACCUUGUCUUAGUCUUUGGUUAUUCAUGCACUGUAAACAAAUCCAGAGUUUAAAACCAUUCCUAAGGGUUACAGACAUGCAUUCCAAACAGGAGAACUUGGUCAAAAGUAACUGACCACAGUGCAUUUUCAGUAAUACUGCCACUGUGCAGAUCCUGAGAUCUACAGAAAACUCACAUAAUCCAAUUUUUGACCAAUAAUGAUUAUUUGGAGAUCAAUGAAUCUGCACAGAACUGUGAAAUCCUGUCCUUUGUGCUGAAAACCUGUUGAUCUUAACUUUUACAUCUUCCAUAUUUGUAGCCUUAAUCCCUUCUUUCUUAAUUUCUCCUUAUAGAAAGACUCUACAUGAGUAUUCAUGGAAAAAUAAUAGACGACUUUAGUUUCAUACUGUGGUCCAGUGCAGCUGAAAUGAGACACUUCUCCUGGGAUAAUGACCUCUCGGUUCUUCCAGCUCUUCCACCACGAGAACCUUCAAGUCCUGCCACCGUCCAGACCUUUUUAACAGUUGCAUUUGAUCAUGAACGAUCUUUGUGGACCCGCAUUAACGACGAGGACUCUUGUUAUGAAUAAUGUAACAUUACAUACUGUAAAUUACUUCACUAGUUUAGCAGGGCGCUUCAGUGAGAGCCGUUAACAGUAGCUAGCGCCACCUAGGUGUCAAUAGUCUUCUGAACUUUGGAUUAGUUUAUAGGUGCAGUGUGUGAGAUUCUGGGGAAUCUUAUCAGGAAUGGGAUAUAUUAACAAAUCCAUUUCAUUAGUGUAAAAUCAGCUGUAAGGAUGAAUCAUUGGGUUCUCGUUAUCUUAGAAUGAGCCUUCAUAUCUACAUCGGGAGCGGCACCUCUACCAACAGAGGCCGCCACCACUAUGUUUCUACAGGAGCCCAGAGCGAACAAACCAAACGCUGCCUCUAGAGGGCGCCUUUCACGCUGAAGCGACAGCUUGAAUUAGGUGGCGCUGUAGCUCCGGCUGAAAGACGUAGAAACAAGAAGAAUCAGUGGAUGCUGUCGGUGCUGCUGACCAUUCUGUGCUGUGAGAAGUUUGAGAACCCAAAUUCUGACAAACAGAGGACCAGAUUUAUUAUUUAGCAGAAGAAAAAGCGAGAGAGGGUGACUCCUCACCAUCAAAGAAGAGAAAACAUGCAGGAGAGAAACAAAACCAGGACAGACGAUGGCAGAAAACCUGGCAGCCGCCGUAGGUUCUACUACACGCUUGGAAAGGGAGGGGUGAGGGAGGGGGAUUCAGCUGGGUGCAAUCUGCGACCUCACCACUAGAUGCCACCAAAUCUUACACACUGCGUCUAAUGUUAGUCAGUGCAUGUAGAGCUUAGUCUAUUCUUUGCAGUAUCUAUAGAAGCUUUUAGAGCUGAGAACUGAAUUUGAUUUAGAAGAAAAUUAGAAAACUUUAGAGAAAUGAAACAGACUCUGCAAGACGAAAGAAGCCAUACUUUCAGCACAGUUUACUCUUUUAUAGUGACGAAUGAAUGAACGCUGGGUCUGGUCUCAGUCCUAACUAUUCACGCUCUAACAUGCACAGUUUUCCCUGCUGUUACCAUGACAACAUUCAGGAGGCCUGCUGCUGUGUUUAGCUAUGCUAACGUACUUCAGUCCAGGUUUAUAGGUGACAGUGAGUCUUACAGGGUCAGAAACCACAUCAGAGACACUGAGCGCCUCCACACUGUCAGAGGGCAGUGCGUGAUCACGUGGUCAUGCAGUUAGCACCACGCUAAUCAGCUUCCGUUGCUUGUUAGCAGCCUCGUAGCUCCAGGGCUAAAACUAAAGAAGCAAACAAACGUUUGAGUAAGACUUCGGUCGUAAACUGUCACAGGACCACCACACUGUAACGGCUGCUUUAUGUGGGCAUUUUAACAGUUUUAACAAGUGUUAUUCGGUCAGUUUACAGAGCAGAUUAACUCAGUGAAAAACAUCAAACAUCUGCUCGGUCCUUAGUCGUGUCUGAAACUGCCCUAUUCACUGUACUGAGCGCUAUUUCAGUGUUCUCACAUUUUGUAGUGGAGACGGAGACAGAGAGGAGUUUCAGUUGGACUGGGAGGAGUUUGUUAUGCUGGGUGGAGUUUCAGUUGUGCUGGGAGGAGUUUGUUAUGCGGGGAGGAGUUUCAAUUUUACUGGGAGGAAUUUGUUAUGCUGGGAGGAGUUUCAGUUAUGCUGGGAGGAGUUUCAGUUAUGCUGGGUGGAGUUUUAGUUGUACUGGGAGGAGUUUCAGUUAUGCUGGGUGGAGUUUUAGUUGUACUGAGAGGAGUUUCAGUUAUGCUGGGUGGAGUUUUAGUUGUACCGAGAGGAGUUUCAGUUAUGCUGGGUGGAGUUUUAGUUGUACCGAGAGGAGUUUCAGUUAUGCUGGGUGGAGUUUUAGUUGUACUGGGAGGAGUUUCAGUUAUGCUGGGUGGAGUUUUAAUUGUACUGGGAGGAGUUUCAGUUAUGCUGGGUGGAGUUUUAGUUGUACUGGGAGGUGUUUCAGUUAUGCUGGGUGGAGUUUUAAUUGUACUGGGAGGAGUUUCAGUUAUGCUGGGUGGAGUUUUAAUUGUACCGGGAGGAGUUUCAGUUAUGCUGGGUGGAGUUUUAGUUGUACCGAGAGGAGUUUCAGUUAUGCUGGGUGGAGUUUUAGUUGUACUGAGAGGAGUUUCAGUUAUGCUGGGUGGAGUUUUAAUUGUACUGGGAGGAGUUUCAGUUAUGCUGGGUGGAGAUUUAGUUGUACUGGGAGGUGUUUCAGUUAUGCUGGGUGGAGUUUUAAUUGUACUGGGAGGAGUUUCAGUUAUGCUGGGUGGAGUUUUAAUUGUACCGGGAGGAGUUUCAGUUAUGCUGGGUGGAGUUUUAGUUGUACUGAGAGGAGUUUCAGUUAUGCUGGGUGGAGUUUUAGUUGUACUGGGAGGAGUUUCAGUUAUGCUGGGUGGAGUUUUAAUUGUACCGGGAGGAGUUUCAGUUGUACCGAGAGGAGUUUCAGUUAUGCUGGGUGGAGUUUUAGUUGUACUGAGAGGAGUUUCAGUUAUGCUGGGUGGAGUUUUAAUUGUACUGGGAGGAGUUUCAGUUAUGCUGGGUGGAGUUUUAGUUGUACUGGGAGGAGUUUCAGUUAUGCUGGGUGGAGUUUUAAUUGUACCGGGAGGAGUUUCAGUUGUACCGAGAGGAGUUUCAGUUAUGCUGGGUGGAGUUUUAGUUGUACUGAGAGGAGUUUCAGUUAUGCUGGGUGGAGUUUUAAUUGUACUGGGAGGAGUUUCAGUUAUGCUGGGUGGAGUUUUAGUUGUACUGGGAGGAGUUUCAGUUAUGCUGGGUGGAGUUUUAAUUGUACUGGGAGGGUUGUGUACUCAAGUGUCUUGGAGAGACAGAUGUGUUUACGUUUCUACAACAUGGCUCAAACGCUCAGUCCGGGUUUAAAGGAUGGGAUGUGCAUCUGUUGCGUCUCGGUUGCUUUUUUUAGUGCCUCAGUCUCCCGAUAUAAUCCUGAUGCUCAAGACACAUGAAGUGACCGGCUGUAAACGGGGUCAUAGUGUUCUACAGAGUGAGAGGUUUUCCAGUGUAGGGUACAGUGAUUAGGGGACUAUUUUGGACACGGCACUUGUUUUCCCUCCACAGAUCCAGGCCUUGGGAACCGAACGUGGUUCUUCAGCGACAUCGCUCAGCCAAGAACGCUUCUCAGAGUGUAAACUUUCUGGAUAGAGAAGAUGUGUUAAUGCGCAAAGGUGCCGAUGUUCUGUUCAAUCAGUGCUGGACUGAAUCUGUGGAAUUAAAUUAAAAAAAAAAAAAAAAAAAAAA